UGUUACCUCUGCAGACAUCACCUACGCCAAAGUUAGUAGUUGCGCUGCGGCUAGCCAGGUAGCCUUCACCGCUUGAUUGCUGCGGCUUUUUCAGUCACUGACGGGUGUAAUUUUAAGACAUGGAAUAGUCUACUUGUUCAAUAGCACCCUUUUACCUAUAGCCUAUACAUUAUUUUAUUUUGUUCGGUUAUCUUAUUCUGUCUUGGUAGGACGCAUAGGCUAAGUCUUCACAGGGUAAGGCUAUUAGGGAUAGAGCAAGUAAGGCUAUUAUUUACAUCAAGAGUUAGCUUUCAAGCUAAAUUAAGAAGUCUGUUUUCAUGCCGGAUUUUGAGCAUUUCAGAUUUUCAUACUCAAGCAUGAAUCCGUUAUUGGGGGAGAACGCGUACCUUGUUCAGCAACAGCAGCAUAACCAGAUGGGAAGCCAUUCGGAUUCUUCCAUGACAGGCCUAGACUCAUACGGUGCACCUGACUUGGGUGAGCACACCGGCUUUGGACAAGAUGGGCUAUCUGGCCUGGACUUUAGUGCGCUGCCACCUUCGGGACUCGCGUAUCUGCACCUGAACAACAUGCACCGUGCGCCGUCGCCCCCCGCAGCGAUGGCCCUGCGUAACGACUUGGGCUCCAACAUCAGUGUUCUCAAGACCUUGAAUUUGCGCUUCCGUUGCUUUUUGGCUAAAGUUCAUGAGCUGGAGCGUCGGAAUAAAGCUUUGGAGAAACAGCUUCAGCAGGCUUUGGACAAUAAUGAGGGCAAUUCAGUAGAAGGACACGGGAAAAAGCCAUUGACUAAGGAAAUGGGAGUCCAGACUGGUUUCGUAGGGCCCAUCGCAGUUAGGCCCGGACAUAUCCCCCUCCAGAACGUAAAUAAUUCUGCAUACCUACCCGGAGGCCUUCUCUCUCCAUCACUCAACAGGCCUACAACUCCCUUCUUUGAGUCCAACAGCAAAUCAGUAUUUAGGAACUCGACUCUGACUGACUCGAAUUGCAACCUCAAUUCCAACCAACUCACUCCACAUAUUUCCAUCAGUUCUUUAUUAACCCCUACUGAUCCUUCCAAGACUAUAUCCAACAUUAACGAGAAAUAUGUCAGUUUUGGGUCUGGUAUGUCUACUAACCAACCUCCCCGGUUCCUUCCCGGCACCGUUUGGUCCUACAACCACGACCGCAGGUUUGGCGCGGGGAGGGAUUCGCGCAUAACGGGCACGGGUGUGCCUUGUGCCCAAACGGACGGAGUAGGUGUUCAAAUCGACACCAUUACCCCUGAGAUACGGGCCCUGUACAAUGUGUUGGGCAAGGUGAAACGAGAAAGGGAUGAGUAUAAACGCAGAUGGGAGGAAGAAUACACAGUCAGAGUGGACCUCCAGGAGAAAGUGGCUGAGCUGGAGGAGGACCUCCAGGAGAGUGAGGUGUGUCAGGAUGAGCUGGCCCUCAGGGUGAAACAGCUGAAAGCUGAGCUGGUCCUCUUCAAAGGCCUUAUGAGCAACAACCUGUCGGAUCUGGACAGUAAGAUCCAGGAGAAGGCCAUGAAGGUGGACAUGGACAUCUGUAGACGUAUCGACAUCACAGCUCGCCUGUGUGACGUUGCCCAGCAGAGGAACUGUGAAGACAUGAUCCAGAUCUUCCAGCAGAUGGCCACACCUCCUUCCACUCUGACUCGCCGGCCCCGGAAGCAGGCGGCCCAGUCGGUUAAAGGCGGUGACGGGGAUGAACCAACCAGCAUCUCUGAGAGCGAGGGGGGCAAGGAUGAGGAGUCGUGUAGCACGUCAGCCAAUCAGAUCAACGAGGAGAUGCAGAGGAUGCUGAACCAGCUGAGGGAGUGUGAGUUUGAGGACGACUGUGACAGCCUGGCCUGGGAGGAGACUGAGGAGACUCUGCUGCUGUGGGAGGACUUUCCAGGAUACACUCUGGGAGCAGUGGAGACCCAGGGAGAGCAGGAGGAGUCCAUAGAGAAGGUGAUAAAGGACACAGAGUCCCUCUUCCAGACCAGAGAGAAGGAGUAUCAGGAGACCAUCGACCAGAUUGAGUUGGAGCUGGCCACGGCUAAGAGUGACAUGAACAGACACCUACACGAGUACAUGGAGAUGUGUUCCAUGAAGCGAGGCCUGGACGUGCAGAUGGAGACGUGCAGGAGACUCAUCACCCAGAGUGGAGACAGGAAAUCUCCCCCCCUCAUUACUGCGGCAAUGGAAGACUCUGAUGACGGUGAGAAGGAGAGGAAUAAGGCGUCCCCACCCGCAGACUCUGAAAGUGAUGAACCCUACUGUGAAACACAGGUUAAUAGUGGUACCGUCCCUCACUUACCAUGGAGGAAGUCCUAACCCUUACUGAUGAUGCCCUGUAGAUGUACCAUUGUCUGGAUAGUAGUGCUGUUUACAUUUUUUACCAUCACAUUAUGUAAAACCAGCAGACUCUUUCCAGGGUUCAUAUCACCACUGCCCUCUUGUGGUUCAGGUUAUUACAACACCUAAUCUGAGGAUAGGACUAAAUGGCUCUUAAAAAUAUAUAUAGAGAGAGAUUUCUUAACAUUGUGCUAUUUAUAUCUCUUAAUAUAUGAUAUGAAUGAUUAAAAUAUAUAUAUAUAUAUACAUUUUUGUUAAGUUUGCACAUUGAUCUCGCUAUUUGUAGCAAGGUCCAACCAAAAACUAUUUGCACACAGUUUUUGUGGAAUAAAUGCCUUAUGUUACAGAUUUGAAACCACAGCUGAAUUUUUGAAGGCAAAAAAAAAGGCACAAUUAGCAAACUAUUUGCACAGAAUAAGUAAUUAUCUAGUAGUCUGUCGCAGUCAAACAAAAUUAACAUUUGCAGUUUGCUAAAGGGAAAGGGCCUAGCUGUUGAUAGCCGUCUAUGAAAAUCUAGUUUCUUUAUAAUUAAUAUCCUUUUUAUUCUCUAUUUUCCCUUUUUAAAAGUAUGGAUACAAUUUCUAAGAAACCUAUAAAAAGAUUGCUUAAAAAGGCUUUACAUCCUUCAAUCUCACAACAUUCAUACAGUGCCUUGCAAAAGUAUUCAUCCCCUUGGCGCUUUUCCUAUUUUGUUGCAUUAC